GUCAGUAUUGUGUAGUUUGUGGUGAGGAUGGCGUUGUGGUUUUCCUCCCUUCAGGGUCUUGGUUCGGUUGAGGAAGAUGAGGAACGGGAAUUCACUCUUACAUCUAUUCAGCGCCUGUCGGAAUGGCAGAACUAUGAUCAAGGGAUUGAAUUAAUCUGUCAAAACCAAGAAGAGUUUGUGAAGAGUUCCAUAGAAUCCAAAUGGAAUCUAGCAGAAGCCCAGCAGAAACUUGGUAGUUUAGCACUGCAUAAUUCAGAAUCCAUGGAUCAGGAAUAUGCCAAAGCACAGACUGAAGCUUCAGAACUGAGACAAAGAGAAGAAGAAUGGAAGAGAAAAGAAGCAGCCCUAAUAGAGAGGGAAAGACAGAAUCUAUGGAACACAGAUUCUUUUAGUAAGGAGGUAUUUAAUAAGAGUUUUAUUAGUAAAUAUAAAAGAAAAGAAGAUGAAGAUGAAGAUAUAUCUAAAUCAUUUAUACAGAAGCAUGAACAAAAGAUUAGAUACUUUGGCAUGCUGGGCAGAUGGGAUGACAGUCAAAGAUUUUUGUCUGAUUACCCAUAUCUUGUAUGUGAAGAAACAGCUAAAUAUCUCAUCUUGUGGUGUUUUCAUCUAGAAGCUGAACAGAAAAGAGCUCUGAUGGAACAAAUAGCACACCAAGCACUUGUGAUGCAGUUUAUUAUAGAAAUGGCCAGAAGUUGUAAUGUGGAUCCAAGAGGCUGUUUUCGUCUAUUCUUCCAAAAAGCCAAAGCAGGGGAAGAAGGCUAUUUGGAAGCUUUUAAAACUGAGCUUGAAGCAUUCAAAUCAAGAGUGAGAAUCUGUUCACAGUCUCAAGGCUUUCAAGCUAUAUCAGUAGAGAAUUCCAGUGUCUAUACUGGUAUUGUAGAAGGACUGGAGUCUUUGUCACAGAAUGCAAAUGAUCUACAAGGUUGCAUAAACAGAAGUGUCUGCAAUUUAAAUUCAAUGCUACAAAAAGAUGAAGAAGCCAAAAUUAUGGACACAGUAUAGCACUGUUAAGACUGAGGCAAAGUACUCAUUUUUUAUUGCAAAGAAAAGAAUGUGGCUAUUUUCUUGACACAUUUUUAUUGGUAUUGCACUUUAUUUUUGGUGUUUUGAGCAUGGAGGGUAUUUGGAGGGAGAGUAAUCCAGAAAUGAUUGUAAUAAUGUUUGAAAAUGUGCUGCUAGGUUUUUGGUUGUAUAUGAAGAAGGUUCUCAUUGCCAAAUGUGGAAGUGGAUGUGUUUUAUGCUACUAAAUUUGCCUUUUAUAAUUUUGGGAAUUAAAGUAUGAAAAAUAAAUUGCACAAAUACAAUGUUUACACAAUAGGUGAUAGAUUUCCAGUAGAAACUGCUAUUGUUAUUAGAUAUGGCUAUGUGUUAUUCUAUGAAUAUUGGAAAUCACAAUUAUACUUCUGCUAUAUUCCUGGUAUAGCUCUUAAAUCUGAUUUUAACACAAAUAGCAAUAAAUUGGUAUGACAUCAGUA